UGUUACAGAAGUUCUCUUACGGUCCACGAUCUUGAAAAAUAUCUUGUCAAUGAUUAGACAAGAAGAAACAUGGCGGUGGCCACGAGUUGAGGGUGGGCGUCAUAUUAGCCGAGUAAAAGCGUUAUUUUUCCACCAAAGUGAUAAUGAAUCGCGAUACAAUAUCGAAAAGGUAUUGCAAUCUUCUGACCCCUAUUUGAUCGUCGUCCGACGGCGCCUGUAUGUUUUAUACGCCUCGUUUCACGGCGAAAAAUCUCCCCGUGAUUGCUGGUGAUAUAUAAGAAAAGUAUGUGUUGAUAUUUGAUGUCCGCUUUUUUAUUGUGCCACUACGGGCAAUUGAGGAAAUCAUUUACUCCCGGUUUGUACUGUAUGCAGCGACGCCGCAUCCCGAGUAAACAUGGCCCGUGAAUACGAUCAUUUGUUCAAGCUAUUGAUUAUAGGAGAUAGCGGAGUAGGUAAAAGUUCGUUGCUGUUGCGAUUUGCCGACAAUACUUUCAACGGGAGUUAUAUAACUACGAUAGGUGUGGACUUUAAAAUUCGAACUAUAGAUAUCGAUGGUGAAAGAGUGAAACUCCAAAUUUGGGAUACAGCUGGUCAGGAACGUUUUCGAACGAUAACUUCCACUUAUUAUAGAGGAACGCAUGGGGUAAUUGUUGUGUAUGACGUUACUAGUGGUGAUUCGUUUGCAAACGUCAAAAGGUGGCUACAUGAAAUUGAGCACAAUUGUGAUGUAGUAAACAGGGUUUUAGUAGGAAAUAAGAACGAUGCUCCAAACCGUAAAGUUGUCCUAACCGAAGAUGCACAACGAUUCGCCACGCAAAUGGGAAUCCAAUUAUUUGAAACUUCUGCUAAGGAUAACAUUAACGUUGAAGAGAUGUUUAUGGCGAUAACACGUCAGGUUUUGCGUACCAAGAAAGAGAGAAAAGAACGGCAAGCCAUACAAACAAAUGAGACGGUUAACCUAAGGAAAAGUACCAAACAACAUAGGAAAAAAUGUUGUUAGCACUAUUGUCACAAAAUAUAUCACAAUUAUGCAUCAAAAGUUUUAGUUAAUAUGAUAAUAGGACAGAGUAAGACAGAGAGCAUGUACGAAACCUAGAACGGACAUGUAUAACUACGAUGAUAAUUUUUACGAUUCUCAAAGAAGAACGUGAAUUGUAUAAGCCAAAUUUGUAUAACUAUUAUAUAAAUGAAUGAUAUCGUACCUAAUUAUAAGGUGCAGAUAGGAGGGAAGGAAAAAGGCAGAUACAUUGACUGAUCAGAUAUCGCAACUGGAAUUGUACAAUGUAUAACAAUCGCUCAUUUGGAAUUGAAGAAUCUGCAGUUCGCACCAUUGCUACUACAUAAGCAUUUCUGCUCCUUGUCGAAGACUAGUGCUGGGCACUGUGAUAACGCAUGGAAGCAUUUUGUACAUUGCCGUUACUGCACUCGAACACAAAAGUGAUGUACGAAAAGAAGAAAUAAAAUUUUACAUCUGGGCCAAUUUUUCAAGACGUAAUGUAGUUUCAGAAGUGAAAGUGUUACUGCCAUGCAACAUCUGUUUCCAUCCUGAGAUCUGCAAUUUGCAUGCCUGUUCCUCUUAUCGAAAUUUUCUGGUAUUACGAUGCAGUGCACUUCUCGGUUGAUGUCACAGCAGGUAGGCUUAUGUUCUGAUUAGAUGGCGUGUAUCAUUCGUCAAUAUGGAUGUUUAUUUUCUGUAGACACAGGACGACUCGAUGCAUCUCUGGACAGGAGGAUCAAUUAAUAUACUUGAAGGAACUAGGUGAAUUACUAUUGUUAUUAGAAUUGUAGAAAAGCAUUCGGUGUAAUAGUUAGAUACAAUAUGUGGUUAAAAGUCUGGUAAGUGAUGCCUGUACGAACACUCAUUUCUUACACUAAGUACUUCUCGGAUCAUGAAUUUCAUUAACUGAAUAUUUGCACACGUUUUACACGUUUCAUCGUUAUAUCUUUUCUUAAGAAUAGUUUAUAGCAUUUUGAACUAAUGAUACAGGCCAGCUAUUGAUUAUCGAUGAUUUUGCAUCGUUGGCCUACCUUGCGAAAGUAAUUUUCCACUGGGGAAGACUGUAACGUUUUUUUAUGAUUCCUACGUAGAAUGAGUAGAAUUGUUCUCACAGAGGCCGAUGAAAUUUCAGAACUCCAUUUUUUACUAAGUUAAUUAAUAACGUUAUAACCUUAAACUAUAUGUAUACUUGUACAAAAUCUUUUCGUGCUCUAUGAGAUUGAAAGUUAUGAUCGCUUGAAGGUUAUGUACAAUAAUUAAUAACGAAGAAAACUGUUACUGCAAAAUUACACAAUUAUGGCUUUUGAUGGUGAAACAUUUUUAAAUCCAGUGGGAACAAUGAGUUGCCAGCUUGUGAAUUUUUGUUAAAAAUGUUUAUGGAAUCGUUUCUAAAUAUGUGUAAUAAAUUCCUGUGGUCUAAUGCUUACUUGUAAUUAUAAUAAGUCGCGAAACGAAUACAUUAAUGCUUAUUAUUCAAACGAAUAUUCAUGCCUGUGCUGUUUUUUAUAAUAAAAGGGAAAGUGAGAUGUGAAGUGUGUACGUACACUUGUCCGCUAGCCAAGAUUUUCAGCAUUAAUGCAUGGAUCGUCUCGAUUCAAAGUUUUUGAUAUCAAGAGGAGGCAGACAGACAAAACCAUAUCAAGGUUUAUGUCCAACCAUGACAGAAGCUGUCUGUGUUAAUCUGUGAUAUUAAAUAAGAUACUGCGUCAGCUGCCAAUUUAUCAGUAACGCUGCGAGUACCUAAUAUUGCUCCUAUUAUUAUAUCUAAUUUUUUUAGUAUUUCCAUUUAAUCACAUAUCUUUGCAAAGUAUACACACAUCAAUUCAUAAAGUAUGCCAAUUUUUGUAGCUCUGUCGAACUAUCCAUCUACAUGUAUUUCCAGGGAUACACUCUCAAAACCCUGUUAAAUUAAAUGAAUGUAAAAGUGUACUAUAAUGACUCUAAAUUAUAGCUAGCUAUACUAUAAAUAAACACAAAUGCAUGUA